AUGAAGAAAAAACCAUUUGCAAAAAUUACUGUUGUGUCUGUGGAUUCUCCAGCUCAACAAGCUGGCCUCAUUGUUGGUGAUGUUAUUACAGAAUUUGGUUCUCUUCAUUUUGAUAAUUUCACAUCACUUCAUCAGAUUGGACAGAUUGUUAGUAAUAGUGUUGGCAAAAAUGUUGUAGUGGUUGUACUCCGACACGGGGCACCUAUGAAACUAAAUUUAGUACCUCAAAAAUGGCACGGCCAAGGAUUUCUUGGUUGUAAUGUGAUAUCAUUGGAUGAAACAAAGCCUUAA